AUGGCUUCCGCCGUCGCUCGCAGGGGUGCCGCGCUGCCCAGCCUCCUCGAGAAGCUGCUCGCCAAGCCGUCCAAGUCGGGUGCGCCCGUGUCCUUCGCGCUCCGUCCCGCCGCCGUCACCGCCGCCCGCCGCCCGUACAACACCCUGGGCAAGGAGGGCCGCCUCUACGACGACGAGGACGACGACUCCUCCAGCGGCGAGAGCGGCAGCGAGUACGAGGACACCGACUCCGACGACCGCCGCCGCGCCCGCGACUUCUUCGUCCCCGGCUUCUCUCAGGACGUGCUCGACCAGUUCGGCGCGCACACCAGCUUCGGCCGCCUGCUUUCUGCGCUGGAGGAAGCUGCCGCUCCGACCGGUCUCUCCUCCACUGCCGGGGCGUCGCGGCUCGGACGCUGGGUGUCGAAGGUGGACGACGACGCUGUGUACCUCAAGGUGCCGAUGCCGGGGCUGGGGAAGGAGCACGUGAAGGUGUGGGCCGAGCCGAACGGCCUGGUGAUCAAGGGCGAGGGCGACAAGGAGCCCUGGGACGGCGACGACGACUCCGCGGUGCCGAGGUACAGCCGCCGCAUCAAGGUGCCCGCCGACGCGUUCAAGAUGGACAAGAUCAAGGCCGAGAUGAAGAACGGCGUGCUCAGGGUGACCGUGCCCAGGCUGAAGGAGGAGGAGCGCAAGGACGUGUUCCAGGUGAAGAUCGAGUAG